GAUUCUGUGUGCAUUGUGAUUCACCAGCAGGACUAUCAGGCUAAGUUUGAGGAGAAGCAGACCUACUCGUACUCCGGCACCAUCACCAAUCAGGAGAUUGUGAGCAUGUCACAAGCCCAAAAGACCAUCAGUGAUGUGAGUAUCUUCCUUCUUUGUAUAACAAACACAAGUCUGAAGAGAAGAUCUAAAACAUAAUAAAAUAAAAAAGGGAUUCAUUUCGUAUUGAAUUUCAAAAAGGAACAUAGGGAAACAUAACACAUAAACACACAUAACGAAACAGAAAAAACACAUAACAAAACAGAAUACUUUUGAUCUACAUUAAAUUGUCUAAAAUGGCCCCUGUGAUUACUAUAAACUUAGUACAACUGCAUUUGCCCUGCUAUUAAACAAACUAAACAUUUAAAGAUUUUGCCAUACAAGGCAGGUACAGGUAGGUGCUAAAUAUAGAUGAGUACAAUAUGUAUUCUAUCGUAAGUGGAGUACAAAAGGGGACAUGAAGAAAGAGUGACACAAUUUACCUCUGUGGCUUACACCUCCCAUAUUCUACAUAGACUGGGGGCUCCCUGGCGUCCAACCAACAUAAAAACAACCCCCAGACAAACCUACACAUACCUUUAUCAUAGUUAUAUACACACACACCUCCACCUUGUCAAAUUUGCCUAUUUAAGGUGGUUCAAAAUGACACAGAAAACACGUAGUUAUGGCAUAAGGAACGUUCCUACACUUGUUAUUCAGUAGUGGUCUGACCAUGUUUGUGUCAUAAAGUGUGGGGACAUACUGUCUCCUAGAUUGACAGGUCAGGUACACUGAGGAAUAUGAGGAAAGGAAAGGAAAAGGCAGCUUACCUGCCAUGAUCACACCAGGAUACCAGAUUUCCAAGAAAGCAAAUACCUUGGCCAGUAGCGUAAGUGAAACUGCCAACAGAGCUCCCUCUAUAGGGGCAGAACAGUACUUUGGGCGCCAGGUAGUGUUACCGUAAAAUAACCAGUUGAUUUCAGCUCAUGACAUUAGCUGUGAUUAUUAUUCAUUUUAUUAUUUCAGUGUUAUAGCAUGUUAUGAGGGGGCAAAUAAGAUGUUACCAUUUUUGUUUUUGUUUCUCUGUUAUUCAGGUGGAGUACAAAAAAGGACACGAGGAGAGAGUGUCAAAAUAUACCUCCGUAGCCAAAACCCCUGAAGUGCUUCUGGCCAAAAGCCAAGGACAGAUCCACAGUGAUGUAAGGCAUUUAUUACAAACCCUACACAAUCUGAUUAUGCUUUCAUCCAAAUGCAAUUAUGUCACUUUUGGUGUGUCCAUGACGUAGUAUUUUCCCUCUCAGUAUGUCUACACUGAAGAGUAUGAACAGCAGAGGGGUAAAGGCAGUUUCCCUGCCCAUCUCACUCCUGGCUACCAAGUUUCAAAGAAAGCCACAGAGAUGGCCAGUGGUGUGAGUAGAGGAGACACACACACCCACACACAAACAACAGAAAGAUGCUCACACAAACUGAUGCAUUCACAUACAAAUUCACAUUGGCAAAGUCAUACGCAUACAGUACACUAAUGUUGACACUGUGAUCAUAUCUUAGGUGAAGUACCGUCAGAUGUAUGAGCAGGAGAUGAAGGGAAAGGCCACCUCAGAGGCUGGGGCAGCAGAAUUCGCUUUUGCCAAAGAAAAUGCUGGGAACUUCAGCCAGGUGAAAACAACUGGGGCUUAGGACACAGAAAAUAGUUUCUGGGGUCUAAAGAUACUUGUCCUGUCCAGAUAAAAACCUACCUCCUUGGCACUUAUGUCGAUCUGAAAAAACGUGAUAGGUAUAAGCAAUUACGUAGUAACUCUACCUUGUCCUCUGAUAGGGGAAGUUUUUGCCAUAUUGCUUACACUCAAUCUUCGCAGAUCAGCGUGUUAAGAGGAAGGACCAAUGAGGAAUUUGAUUUUGUCUUGCCCUUGCUACUCCCCCUUACAUGUUUUUUUCAGGGGGGGAUUAAUAAGGCCAUACAAUUAUUAUUAACGGAUAUAAUAAUUUUUCUAUGUGAGGCGAGCGAGCAAAUUCUAUAUAUUUUUUAAGUAGACCCUCUUGUUAAAAAAUACUAUAGCCACCUUACUUCAACACCUAGCGACCUAAUCAAGAGAUGUUAGCCUCUUGGGGAGGAUGUUCUGAGAGGAAGUUGUGUAUCUGUUAACUGGAAGCUUAAGUACAUAAUUUUUUGCUAUAAUUAUGCAAUUUGUCAGUACAACUUUUAAAACAUUCUGAUGUAUUAUUUUAUUUUUGAGAAAAGUGAAGAGGGAGACCUGUUCAAUAUUUAAUUACAUUCGAAAUGCCUAAUUGAUUAUAGGGCUGCAAGUUAAAUUCAAUUGGUAGUGGUUUUAUUGAUAAAUUAAACUACUGAAGUAUCUUAUCCCCAAAGAGCUCCCAUUUGAGGACUGAUGUCCUGUCAUAUAUUCUAGAAGUACAGUUCUUGUACUGCUGAUAGUUGUUUAACUUUUACAAUGCCUCUCAGAAAGACAAUAACCCACAACACUCUUCCAGAUGUGUUCUUCAAUUGGUAUAAAUUGGUCUGGCUCCAAACCGUUUUUCAGUUGAAACAGACAACACAAAUUGUCCGUACAAUGAGUAGCCUGAUAUCUGAUACAUGUACAGUACCAGUCAAAAGUUUGGACAUACCUACUCAUUCAAGGGUUGUUCUUUAUUUUUACUAUUUUCUACAUUGUAUAAUAAUAAACUAAACUAUGAAAUAACACAUAUGGAAUCAUGUAGUAACCAAAGAAGUGUUAAACAAAUCAAAAUAUAUUUCAUAUGUGAGAUUCUUCAAAUAGCCACCCUUUGCCUUGAUGACAGCUUUUCACACUCUUGGCAUUCUCUCAACCAGCUUCACCUGGAAUGCUUUUCCAACAGUCUUGAAGGAGUUUUCCUUCACUCUGCAGUCCAACUCAUCCCAAACCAUCCCAAUUGGGUUGAGGCCGGGGGGAUUGUGAAGACCAGGUCAUCUGAUGCAGCACUCCAUCACUCUCCUUUUUGGUCAAAUAGCCCUUACACAGCCUGAAAAUGUGUUGGGUCAUUGUCCUGUUGAAAAACAAAUGAUACCACUUAGCCCAAACCAGAUGGAAUGGCGUAUCGCUGCAGAAUGCUGUGGUAGCCAUUCUGGUUAAGUGUGCCUUCGAUUCUAAAUAAAUCACAGAGUGUGUCACCAGCAAAGCACUCCCACACCAUAACACCUCCUCCUCCAUGCUUUAUGGUGGGAAAUACAUAUGCGGAGAUCAUCUGUUCACCCACACCGCGUCUCACAAAGACACGCCGGUUGGAACCAAAAAUCUCAAAUUUGGACUCCAGACCAAAGGACAAAUUUCCACCGGUCCAUUGCUCAUGUUUCUUGGCCCAAGCAGGUCUCUUCUUCUUAUUGGUGUCCUUUAGUAGUGGUUUCUUUUCAGCAAUCCGACCAUGAAGGCCUGAUUCACACAGUCCCCUCUGAACAGUUGAUGUUGAGAUGUUUCUGUGACUUGAACUCUGUGAAGCAUUUAUUUGGGCUGCAAUUUCUGAGGCUGGUAACUCUAAUGAACUUAUCCUCUGCAGCAGAGGUAACUCUGGGUCUUCCAUUCCUGUGGCGGUACUCAUGAGAGCCAGUUUCAUCAUAGCGCUUGAUGGUUUUUGCGACUGCACUUGAAGAAACUUUCAAACUUCUUGAAAUGUUCCGUAUUUUUAUAUAUGCCAUUUAGCAGACGCUUUUAUCCAAAGCGACUUACAGUCAUGCGUGCAUACAUUUUUGUGUAUGGGUGGUCCCGGGGAUCGAACCCACUACCUUGGCGUUACAAGCGCCGUGCUCUACCAGCUGAGCUACAGAGGACCACAUUGACUGACUGAUUGACUGACCUUCAUGUCUUAAAGUAAUGAUGGACUGUCAUUUCUCUUUGCUUAUUUGAGCUGGUCUUGCCAUAAUAUGGACUUUUAUGGCAAGGGUGGCUAUUUGAAGAAUCUCAAAUAUAUUUUAAUUUUUCUAACACUUUUUUGAUUCCAUGUGUGUUAUUUCAUAGUUUUGAUGUUUUCACUAUUAUUCUACAAUGUAAGAAAUAGUAAAAAUAAAUAAAAACCCUUGAAUGAGUAGGUGUGUUCAAACUUUUGACCGGUAGUGUAUAUCUUCACAGAGAUGGUUGUUGUACUAUGUUUGAGAUUCUUUAAUGCCGUAGAGAUGCCUAAAUCUUUUAACUUCCAGUUGUUUUCACUUUCCAAACAAUUUUUCCCCAUAUCUAAUAAUAUUUUUUAUUUAAUCAAUAUUCUUUGGAUUGUAGUUGUCACUAUUUGAUAUGAUUUGAUGUAUGCUAAAGUAGGUGCAACCCAUCGGCUCUGAAGUGGGUGAAACAGCGCCGUACCUGGAUGAUGCUGGUACCUAACUAGACAGAACGUUUUCUCGCCUGCAAAAAUGAUCGCUAUUCACAUAAGGCUUUGGAAUUAGGAUAGCGUAUUGGUGUCUCUGUCAGACAAUGACUUGAGUUUAGAAAACUAGGUGAGAUUGACGGCAGUGUGUGCAUGUAUUCAUACCCUUAUAUAAUUUGCUGAAUUGUUUGCACUGUACAUAUUGGAUGUGCAUUAUGUGAUAACUAUAGGGCGUGCAGACUUUUCCAGCCCAACACAACAAUACUCAAUUCAACUAAUCAAGGUCUUAUGAAUCAAAUGUGUUUGCCCGGAACAAAAGUCUGCCAUACUCUGUAGCCCUGAUCCCAUUGUCUCUGUAGUAUUGACUGUGUGCUGAUGUGUUUUCCUCCUUGCAGAUUGCCUACACUGAAGAUUACGAGCAGCAGAGAGGGAAGGGCAGUUUCCCAGCCAUGAUCACUCCUGCCUACCAGCUUGCCAAGAAAGCUCAGGCCCACGCCAGUGAUGUGAGUAGUGUCCCUGCUGAACACGUAUGCUCCUCCACUUUAGGGGUGUCGGCUGCACAGAGUUGUAUUGUGAGUGAAUUUAUUGGGGUGAAAAGUUGUAUUGUGGGUAAAUUUAUUGGGGUUUCACCCCAAUAAAUUCCCCCACAAUACAACUUUGUGCAGCAGACAUCCCUAAAGCAGAAGAGCAUACGUUGGGGUAUGCGGGUGAAUUCAUUUUCAGUAAGGAACCACAAUUGACAGACUAUGUCACUAUGGAUUGGCCAAUAUAUUGAGGAAUUUAGUAAAGAGAGAGGAUAGUUUAAAGGGAUCCCUCCUUCUCUUCUUGGAAGUAAUCACUGAUAUGCCAUGACUGGAUCUGUGAAAACUACGUAGUGGAAGCUUUACUUCUACCUAUCCAAUCAUGUUUCUUCAGUGGUUCUGUGUUUACUUCAAUGAAGGGAGGAAGGAAAGAUUCAUUUCAAAAACAUUUUCCAAAUAGGUCCAGGGAUUCUCAAAACACACAAUAGGAUCACAUUCAUCCAUCACCUUGUCUGGCGUUGCCGGACGGAAUUUCAGGUCAUGGUCACAGGGAUAAGUAGCGUUCCCCGUGACUCUCACCAAGAAUCCUGUGCUGUCAUGUUCCAAACUCUCCACAGACCAAAUUAGACUGUGUGUGUGUGAGAGAGUGAGAGAGCAUGCGUGUGUGUGUGUUUGUAGUUGUGUGUGCCUGUGUGUGUGUUGCCGAUUGUGUACAGCAUGUAUGAAGAUGCGCUCACAGACAAGCUAUGCAAUCUGACAGAGGGGAAUGUGUGACCGAGGAUUCUUUCGUUCCUUUUUAAUCUUCCUCUGCUUCUCUUUCCCUUUUUAACCCCCCAGCUGAAAUACAAGAAGGACCUGAAUAAGAUGAAGGGCUCAUCCCACUUCCACAGCCUGACCAGUGAGGACAACCUGGCCCUGAAGAGCGCCCGCAAAAUCAACAAGAUUGUCAGCGAGGUGAGAUAG